AUAACAGAAUGGCAAGAUUGUCCAACUAGGGACGGGAACAUGUCAGUUCUCUAUUGGCUCAGGUGCCCUCUUAGGAUCAACGAGUGACGCUCUACUGUAGAGGAGAUGAAAUAUAAGACACUGCAUCAUCAUCUAAGCUGAGGUCACUGAUUGGACCAUGUGAACUUCUGCCUGCAUUUGACUGAGCAAAUGAGAGCUAAAGUUUUUGUCAAUUAGGGGCCAUCGCUUAUACUACGUCAAUAAACGUAAAAUAAAACAGGACUCAUGAAGUUCAACGAAUCAAAAAUUCCUUCCAUCAUCUUCAUGGAACCUCUGGGGGGCCAUCAUUUACGCUACAUCAACAAUCCUUAAAUAAAAGAGGAGAGAUGCAAUUCAACGAAUCAAAGAUUCCUUCCAUCCUAUCUAUGGAACCUCUGGGCUUGUCUCCAUCAGCCGUCUAUCCAAUGUUCCUUCUUGGACUGACAACCUACUGCCUCAUACUGGUCUUCAAUCUCACCCUCAUCCUCACCAUCGCCCUCAACAGGCAGCUGCACAAGCCCAUGUUCUUGCUGCUCAUCAACCUGCCCAUCAAUGACAUCAUGGGAGCCACUGCCUUCUACCCUCAGCUGAUGGACAGCAUCCUCUCCCAAGAUCGCACCAUCUCCCAGGCAGCGUGUUUCGUCCAGGCAGUGUUAGUGCACUUGUAUGGUGGUGGUAAUCUGCUCAUUCUGACUAUUAUGGCAUAUGACAGAUAUGUUGCCAUCUGCCUUCCUCUGAGGUACAAUGCAAUAAUGUCCCUGAAUCUUGUGGCAAAGCUUAUCACUACUGCAUGGCUUUAUAACUUUGUCACGAUUGGAGUUCUUUUCAUCCUGCUUGCACGAUUCAGGUUCUGCCGGUCAGCCAUCACUGACACGUACUGCAACAAUCCCUCUUUGAUGAAACUGGUCUGUGAGGAUAUAAGUAUUAAUAACUAUUAUGGCUUGUUCCUUGCUGUCUUAAAUCAGAGUGUAUCACUGGUUGCAGUGGUGAUCACUUAUGUUCAGAUUCUGCUUACCUGUCUUGUCAACAAACGUGCCGAUGCCCAGAGUAAGGCCAUCCGGACUUGUGCCACACAUUUAGUGGUCUUUGUCCUUUAUGGGCUGACCACCUUGUUUACUAUUGUGUCGCAUCGAUUCAGUGAGGUGUCGGCUUUUCUGAGGAGAUCUGUAGGGGUCUCAUUUUUGGUUUUCCCUCCCAUCCUUAGCCCCCUUAUAUAUGGCCUCAACACAAGUGAAAUUCGAACAAAAGUGCUGCAUAUGAGAAAAAAAUCUCCUACAUUUCCACAGCUGAGGCAUGACAAGUAAAUGUCAUGUAAAAUUUAUAUUGAUUUUAUUAUUUAUGAAAUGUGUUUAUGUAACUGGGCUUAGGGAUCGUUUUUUAAGUUAUACAUUUUGUAAUAAACUGAAUCUAUUGUGGUUAUAUUUCAGUAAAAUUAAGGUGAUGAAUGCUGUGCUGACAACUUCCAGAAAUGAUUUUCAAAAAUACAUAUUUAU